UUUGUCGCGCGCUGCAACGCUGAAGAAAGCGAUGCCGUCACACUGUAACGUGACGCUUCCCUUGCGCGAUAAUCAUGGCGGAUCAAGAGUUCAGCAGCUGUCUGUGAUUGCAGAAGUCUGCUGCCCGCCGUGAUGGAGCAUCUUCAAGGGUCCUGGAAAAACAUCAGUCAUGGCUUUGGGUGCAAAGACUGUGUGUUUGAAGAUUCCUGCAUGCCUCCCACCAUUCUCAAGAACGUCCCGUACCGGAGAUUAUCCGACGGCAGAAUCCCAGACUCGAAAACUAGCUGCACGAUCCGCGUCUACCUGCCCAACAAGCAGCGGACUGUGGUGAAUGUGCGAGCGGGUAUGACGCUGCGCAGCUGCCUCAUCAAAGCGCUGAAGGUCCGAGGGCUUCAGCCAGAAUGCUGUGCGGUUUUCAAGCUCCAUCGAGAACAUUCGUUUAAGAAGUUGCGUAUGGAUUGGAGCACUGACUCUAGCUCGCUGGUCGGAGAGGAGCUGCUGGUGGAAGUCUUAGAUCACGUACCCCUGACUACGCACAAUUUUGUACGGAAAACGUUCUUGAAGUUGGCCUUUUGUGACAUCUGUCAGAAGUUUCUUUUGCACGGCUUCAGAUGUCAGACGUGCGGCUACAAGUUUCACGAGCACUGCAGCACCAAAGUGCCCACGAUGUGUGUGGACUGGAGCAACAUCCGCCAGCUCCUGCUGUUCCCCACUCCUGGAGAGAACGGGACUCCGUCGCUGCCUCCUCUCUCAUCCCGGCGCAUGCACAACUCUAAAUUCUCCUUCAGCCCCUAUCACAGAUACUCCACGCCCAACGCUUUAAGCUACAUCAGCCCCAUGCCGUGCGCUGGCGUGUCUCUCAGUCGUAAAGUGCUGUCCACAUCCACUCCUAACGUGCACAUGGUGAGCACGCUCCACGAGACUGCAGCGUUUCAGGAAGCCUUGGGGCGAGACGAGUCAGGGAGCCCGACGGACUGGAGCCCGACGGACUGCUCCAGAACCCCGGCUCCGGCGCACAGGGAGAAAGCACCUUCGAGCAGCACUCAGGAGAAACGCCUCUGUCCCCGAGAGAAGAGAGAUUCCAGCUAUUACUGGGAGAUCGAGGCCACGGAGGUGCUUCUGCUCUCCAGGAUCGGCUCUGGGCCUUUUGGCACGGUUUACAAAGCGAAGUGGCACGGCGAUGUUGCGGUGAAGAUUUUAAAGGUCAGGAAUCCCACACCAGAGCAGCUACAGGCCUUUCGUAAUGAAGUGGCUGUUCUCAGGAAGACCAGGCACGUCAAUAUCGUUCUGUUUAUGGGAUACAUGACCAGGGCAAACUUGGCCAUUGUGACGCAGUGGUGUGAAGGAAGCAGCCUCUACAAACAUCUGCACGUGCAGGAGACCAGCUUCCAGAUGCUGCAGCUGAUGGACAUCGCCAGACAGACGGCGCAGGGCAUGGAUUACUUGCAUGCAAAGAACAUCAUCCAUCGAGACAUGAAGUCGAACAAUAUCUUCCUGCAUGAAGGGUUGACGGUGAAGAUCGGUGAUUUUGGUCUGGCCACAGUGAAAGCGCAGUGGAGCGGCUCUCAUCGAGUGGAGCAGCCAUCCGGCUCUGUUCUGUGGAUGGCUCCUGAGGUCAUCCGGAUGCAGGACAGUAAUCCGCACAGUUUUCAGUCGGAUGUGUACUCGUACGGGAUCGUCCUGUACGAGCUGAUGACGGGAGAACUGCCUUACUCUGGGAUUGGAAAUAGAGAUCAGAUCAUCUUCAUGGUGGGGAGAGGCUAUCUGACCCCUGACCUCAGUAAACUCUACAAGAGCUGUCCCAAAGCCAUGAAGAGACUGGUGGCCGACUGCAUGCAGAAGUCCAGAGACGACCGGCCGCUGUUUCCACAGAUCCUGUCCUCGAUCGAGCUGCUCCAGCACUCGCUGCCCAAGAUCAACCGCAGCGCGUCCGAGCCGUCGCUCCACAGAGCCUCGCACACCGAGGACAUCAGCGUCUGCACACUGCCGCUCUCCGCUGUCUUCAAGUGAAGCGCUGUGCUUCUCUGUGUGUGCGAUCCAAGCUUUCUCAUCCUCCUCACAAUCAUGUGCCUGCAAGCAGAGGCUCUGGUGAAUAUUCCCUAAGUGCCACUGACAGCCAUGGAGUCGCUCGAAACGCCUCCUAGCUCUUCACCGGCGUGUGGCUAGCUGUCUCUUUGACUGUGUGUGUGUGUGUGUGUGUGUGUGUGUGUGUGUGUGUGUGUGUGUGUGUGUGUGUGUG